UAUACAUGAUAUAAUCAUUAAUUAAGUGGCGUUCUCUCCGCCACCCAUUUCUUCCUUAAAUUCCACAGCACUCUGCCGGCAGCACCCACUUCUUACAAGAAUCAAGAAUUGAAGAAGAUACAUUAAUUAAUUAAUGGAUAUUUGGUCGUGGAUUUCUCAACUUCCCGAGUCGGAACGAGUCGACUCGUUCCAGCUCGGUUCUUCCAACUCGUCGUCGAUUGAGCUGAGAGCAGAACGGGUAAUGGUAAAUGGUGACGACGACUCCAAGUCGGAAGUAGCUGUUUCUAUUACAUUUUCAGUGCACUUCGUCGGAUUCAAUUCUUCCGACGCCGAGAAGCCGGUCUGGACUUCCGACACGUGUCCCCUGUCGUCGGAGAAGCCAUUCUUGCCGCUCGUCCUUCAGCUCCUGCAGGAAAUAGCGGCGCGUUCGCCCAACGCGCACUGGAACUGCAAUUGCCCCCGCUCCCAGCUUCAAAAGCUGAAGCCCGACCCGGUGUCGUGGGUCCUCGACUCCCACGCCCCCGAGUCCUUCUCCAGCUUCUUCGACCUCGUGUUCCUCACGCGCCUCUUCUGGCUCUGCGUCCUCGACGCGCCGGCGGAAGUCGGCAGCUUCUACUUCCACUCCGUCCUCGCCCCCAACCUCGACGCCUUAUCCUACGCCCCCGUCCUCAAGAAUUUCUUGAUCACUGUCGGGACCGACGUCGAGCUUUGCUUCUUACGCACACUCGGCUACAUUCUUGCCAAGCUCCUCAUCCUUAAAGAUAUCGAAAUCAGAGGACAAAAAUCUCCGACGACUUUUCCGGCCAAGAACGUCGGAUUUUCUUACGCCACGGAAGCCCACGGGCUUUGGAUUCUCAAGGGCUACUCUCCGGUGAAAUCCAUGCAGUGCGUGCAGUCUUCGUCAGAAAAACGCGACUUUCCGGCCGUCAUCGGAGCCAAAGAAUCUUUCCUUAAAUACGCUUUAGCUCACCAGCAGCUGGAGGCUGUAAUCCAGAUGGAAUAUUCAGUCGAAUAUUCCGACAAUUACAUCCAGGUGAAGGCGCGGGUGGACAACCUCAGAUUCCAUGUCGUGAAGCUCGGGUUUAGCGACGAGGAUUCGUUGGAGUUUGAGGAGAAGCACUUCCCGUCGCGGGUACGGGUCUGGGUCGGGCCCGAAAUCGGGGAAAGUUACGUCGCCGGUUUGACCCUGGGCCGGUCGACGGACAAUGUAGAAAAGGAGAUGGAGAUGCAGAGGACGUUGAAGGGUAAAUCGGGAAAUUCCAAGGUUUCUCCGGCGGUGAAAUCGACGGCCAGGAUUGCGACGAGAACGAAGAUGAAGAACUGGAGGUGGGACCAGGACGUCGAGGGGAACGCCGCCGUGUUCGAGGCGGUUCUCUGCGACAACUCCACUGGCGUCGAAGUCGCCGCGUGGAAGCCACCCGCCGUCGGCGGGAACGGAUUUCCGAGGCGGUACGCGGGAGGAGGGCGGCCGUUUGCGAAAUCGGGGGGAUUGAUAUUUUCCGGUGAAGACUGCGGCGGCGGCGGGGUGGCGUGGAGGGUGAGCAAGGAGAUGGAAGGGAGCGUGGUGAAGUGGAGGAUUGGCGGGCGCGUGUGGGUCAGCUACUGCCCUAAUGAUAUAAAGAGCAGUUAUUUCGAGACGAGGUGUGUCGAAUGGUGCGACGAGGUUGACUUGCCUUUGAUUGCUCCUCCUGCUUCUGCCCUCUGAAACAUAACACUCCUUCCCGCAGUGACGUUGAAUUAGUAGAUAAUUAAAAAUAUAUUAGUAAAAUAAUUAUUUUAUUAUAUAAAUAAUUAUAUAUUAAAAUUAAAAUAAUUAAUAUCCUUCGUAAUAAUUUUAUUAUCAGUUACAAUUUGUAUAAUAUUAUCAAAUUCUACUGAUUCCACAACUUUAUCAAUUAAGACGUAGACAAAGUCUGCAGUCUUUGCUUUA